AUGAUAUUGGACACUGAAGACACUGUGAAUAAGAUCAGCAUUGUCUUCCUCAUCAUCAUCAUUUUCUUAGGCACCAUCGAGAACUCUGUGGUCAUCUGGGUGGCUGGCUUCCGUAUGAAGCCCAAUGUCACUAACAGUUCACCGUACUUUGUUUACCGGCAAGUGUUUCCCGGCAAGAACAAUUUGAGCCACUGCUCGCUGAAGGAGAAAGGAGCAGAAGCAGGUGACAAUUCAUCAAAGUAUGUCUACUACUGCAUUCGUUUCAUCUGUGGAUUCUUGUUGCCUUUCCUGGUCAUCCUUAUCUGUUACAUACUAGCUGCUGUUGGGAUACGCAGAACGCGGCUCUCUGGAAAAUCGAGGCCUCUUCGGAUUCUUGCUGUAUUGGUCUGUGCCUUUUUCUUAUGUUGGGCUCCAUACCACUUUCUAGGGCUGGUCAAGUUGGUGAAUAAAGACAAUGAAGCAGUAAAAGUGGCACUGAGUAUGGCUUCAAAAUUGGCCUAUUUCAACAGCUGCAUUAACACGGUUCUGUAUUUCUGCACGGGACUGGAUGUUAGUCGACGCUGCAACCAAAGCCUGUCUGGGAUUUUUCAUAGAGCGCUUAUGGAGGAAGGCCAAAGUCUCUCACGGCAAGGCACUAGAGAAGAAAGUUGUAAUUCCAUUCCAAAGACUGCAGACAUUGAGUUUGUCACUAAAGUUUAA